AUGGCGGAAGCAAUCGAAGAAUACGGUAUUGCGAAGCAAAUCGGCUAUCAUACCGGCGAUAAUGCUACUUCAAACGAUACCUAUUUGAAACAUCUCUCACAAAUGCUACAGGAUAAAUACGGUGUAUCUUUCCAUCCCAGCCAGCGUCGAAUCCGAUGCAUCGCUCAUAUCAUAAAUCUCUCCCUUCAAGCCUUUCUCCUUGCGUCCUCGAAAGAAGCUUUACGCGCAGCACUUGCCGCUGCUAGCGACGUGACCGGCGCCGAGAUGUACGAACAAUUCUACUUCACACUAUAUUAUAUAUCCGCCAACGAGCCAGCAUCGCGGUCUGAAGGUUCGGGACAGCAAGAACAGUCUUUCAGUAAGAUAUGGAAGGGAAAGGCUAAAAGGGCCGCUCGGAAGCCCCCCGAUUUCAAGGAUGACAACUUCAGAGGCUGGCAAACCAUCCCGGCGAUGCGUAAACUACAUAACAUUGCGGUCUGGCUUCGAAAUUCAUCUAUCCACAGUGAUCUAUGGGAGGAUCGAGUAGGCUUGCGGCUUGGGAUCGAUAACGACACCCGAUGGAACUCUUGGUAUAAGCUGAUCGAUAAUCUUAUCAGAAGGCAACAGGGUUCGGAUCAAUUCAACGAGCAUCAAUAUAACACCUCGUUGAUAGAUAAUAGAUGA